AUGUAACAUCUGAGAAACGUGAAAUCUCUUGACAAGAAAAAAAGUUUAGAAAAAAGGAAACCUUGGAUGUAAAACAUCAACAUAUUUUCUUUUAUCACACAGUUCACCAUACAUGUACACAAACGUGCAUACAUAUACACAGAUAUACUUGCACAAAAGCACAAAAACUUCCUACCCAAACGAUAACUGAAAACAGACAUUCUCCGAAAAAUUGACCAAACAUAUUUUGGUGCAUGAAAUCAAUAAGUCUGAUUAUACUACUGACAGACUAAUGGAAAGAAAAAUCACAACAUCCAUCAGUGAUCGUGAAUUAGUUCCCGAUGAACGUGUUGUUGAUAUUAUCAGUAAUAAUAGUACUAACAGUAAGGAUAAAUUAUAUCUUAUAGAACACACACACUCACUACCGAAUGAAAGAUCCACUGACUUAUAUAGUAACAGCAGUAAUAAUAAUAAUUACAAUAACAAAAAUAGCCGUUUACAACGUGGCAGGACACUAUCAUAUAGGCCACGAAUGGUAGCACGAUCUUCUGUGAAUUGUAAACACUUAUCAGGGAAUAUAUUUGCCAAUAAUCGUAAUACUCCAAACUAUCUUAGUGAUCAACGUUUAUUCAAACUGAGUCCUACACCUUCUGAAGCAGUAACUCCUCAACCGGUUCAAAAUACACACACCGAUAUUAAUAGUAAUAAUAUUACCAUAGGCAAUAUUACUGACAAUCAGACAUUUGAUUACAUGUCCUUCCAUUCUGAUCGUCCUUUAUCAACUUCAGCAUUACGUUUGCCAUCAAAUACAAUGGAUCAUCAAAUGAUGACUUCACCUAUGAGUCCUGAAAUUAUGAGUGCUUCACCUAGAGAACCACGUAUUGAUGAUUUAUUGAUUAAAAAGGGUAAUCGUACAGCAAGGUAUUUAGACAAUACAAAGAAUAUUCGACGUGAAUCAAAAUCUUAUUCAACAACAAUAUCUCCAAUUCCGCUUAUCUCAUAUCAUCAAAAUGCGAUCCCCGGAGGAAUCGAUUUAUAUCCGACAACACUAGAGAAAAUUUCAACACCUGACAAAAAAUCAUACAAUGAUGAAUUGAGUACCCAUAGGAAGAAGAUGAACAAAGGCGAUUUAAGUAGACCAACGGUUAUUACUAAAGCUCGCGUAGAACUUGUUCUGAUCUUUGUGAAGGUUGGCCAAGUGGACACUGUGAAUGAACGAUAUCAAGCUGAUAUUUUUCUUCAGGCAAGAUGGCGUGAGCCGUUACUCGAUGCUAUAUGGAAUAAACCAAAUCAAAAGUCAAAAAGUGGCUGGCAAACAAAUCAUACUAUUGAAAAUCCAAUGACAGAUUUAACACCAAAACGACAUUUGAACACGCUGAAAUUACAAGAUGAUGAAUUCUGGAAUCCUAGACUAUUGAUUGACAAUGCCCAGGGUGAACCAAUUGAAAUUGUCAGUCAUGAAGUAGAAUUUGUUGAACCACAUUUUGAAGCAUAUCUUGUUGAAAAACGAAGAAUCAAAGGUGUUUUCCACGAGACUUUGGAGUUGAGACACUUUCCUUUCGACUGUCAGGACUUAUCGGUGACAAUUACAUGUGAUCGUACAAUUGAUGAAGUUGAAUUAGUCGCCUCACCAACAGAAGUUAGUCAAGUAGAUGUCAGAUGUGCAGAAGACAGUCAGGAAUGGAAGAUAUUUCAUCAUGUUGAUAUCAAAUCAAUGGAAAUUCAAACAGGUUACAGCCCAGGGACAAGUAAACGUCGACAUCCUGGUUUAGUGUUUACAAGUCGAUCAGCGCGUCGUUCAGGUUAUUUUAUGGUCAAUAUGGUGCUAAUCAGUUGCGUACUCUGCCUUUUAUCGUUUUCAGCAUUCUCUGUACCAGCUAAUGAAAACAGACUACAACUCUCUCUGUUACUUUUACUCACAACAGUCACCUUUAAAUUUGCCGCUUCACAAAAUCUUCCCAAAAUCUCUUAUUUAACAUAUUUGGACAAAGUUGUGCUUGUGAAUUUCUUCAUGCUUGUCAUUCUCACUGUCUGGCAUGCUAUAGCUCGUGCUGUAUCUGCUUCAAGGCCAAAUUUUCUAGAAUAUGAACAUUAUGUUAUGUACAGUCUACUCAGUUGUUAUUGCCUCGGUUCAGUAUUAUUUGGAUUAACUGUUUAUUUAGACGUAAGUGAUUCGAUUGUUAAUUUUCGUUAUUUAUUAUAAUGACUAAGGUCAGGACUAAGGUCAGAAUGAUUUACAGGGUACCUGUAUAACAUCACACUCUCAGUAUCCACAUUGUUACCUGUUGACUGCAAGACGCUUAAAGGCUGUUCCUUCAGUUAUCACUGUCGUUUGGAUAUGCCUCUAGGGUAUCGUAGAAAAAACAGUAUGAGUCAAAUAACCUCAGAACAACAGAAUCUGGAAACUAGAUUUGGCACAAUAGCACAUAGUCUUCUUUGCUUGGUGGAAACUCAUCAGCUGCAAAUACCCCGUCAUUGAAACGAAUAUCAUUAUUUUCGAAUAGUUUCGUAAUACAUUUUAAAUUCUAGUCCAAAUCAUAACCAGUAAGGAAUUUAGGACAAAAUAAAAGGCGAUCAGCUUACAAGGCGUUAGAUGUUUGGUCGGUAUCGGCGACAAGCUUGAUAACGAUGUAGUGACCUUGAAAUUCAUAGUCUUCCACGGCUGCUAUUGUCUUCAAGUGUUUUUCUCUUUAUGUAUGCCUGCAGCGAAAAAUUACGGUCAUGCUCUCAUUCUGUCCGCAGUUACAAUAAUAUCCAUAUUCUCUUAUUGCAUAGCUUUGUUUCUUAGAUAGUCAUCGUUUUGAAUUCCACUAGUUACUUUCUUACCUAUAACCUUAUGAAGUAGAAACGAUUCUUCACAGAAGAGGCAGCGAAGACGGCACUUCAAGCAAACGUGGAGAAGACAGAGGUGACGAUGAUACCCAAUCAACACCACCACCACCAACAACAACAAGCUACUAUCACCGUCAACGGGAAAAACUUAAAGGAAGUAGUCUCUUUCACCUACACCCACCUAGGCAGCAUCGUUUCAACUACACGCGGCACAGGCACAGACGAGGACGUCAAAGCCAGCCAGGAUCGGAAAAGCAAGACAGGCAUCCAUUUGCCUGAAACCAGUGUGGAGAUCUUCUGCACUCAGCACAAGGUGUGAACAACAUCCGGAUUUUCAACAUCAAUGCCAGUCAAGUCAGUGCUUCUAAGUGAUGUUUCAGAGACUUGGCGCAUUACGAAAGGCAUUUCCAACAGACUGCAAACAUUCAUCAACAAGUGCCUACGCUGGCUCUUUACUGAAGCUCAGAUGGCCAGAAUAAUAAUAAUACGCAACAAGGAACUCUGGGAACGAACCAACUAAGCAGGAACCUAUCACUGAACAAAUAUGCAGUGGAAGGAAGUGGAGAUGGAUUGGGCAUGCACUGAGAAGACCAUUCGUGGACAUCACGAGUAGAACCCAGAUUGGAAAGUUUGAGUUGGGCGUCCGAGGUGAUGGUGACAUGGAGGAGAUGAUGAGAGGAAGAAAUGAGAGGUUGUGGGCAGUCGUGAAGCCAGGUUCAAAAGAUUGCGGAGAACAAAGUGAAAUACAGACGUGCUGCUGAAGCUCUAUGUUCCACUAGGAACUCAAGGGACAAAUAUAAUAAUAAUAAUAAUCUUAUUCUAUUUUACACUUCUGGAACUUUUCUUCUAUUGACAAAAGUAAGAUGACCAACAAUCGAGAUGUUGGUGUACACUUGCUCCAUCUGGAAAUGAUGUUUUUUGAGAUGGUAUUUAAAGCAAGUUGGACGUAAUGACUUUAUGAGAUUUCGGCAGGACUUCUCGGCUGUAAAUUUAACAAAUUACAUUGAAUCUCAAAGUCGUUGUGCCAUGGCAGUUAGAUGACGUGAAUCACUAUCAUGUGUGAGCACGAUAAAAAUAACCUUCAAAUUUUAUGUUUUGUUUUAAAUCUUGG